AUGGGCUGCGCGAUAUCAGGUCUGGCUGCCAAAGCGGAGUUUGGAGAGAGAAAUACAGAUGUUGCUGCUGCUGUCAGUCCCAGCGGGGAUCAGAUUAUCAUGAUCAAGGAGUCAUGGAAAGUUAUCAAGGACGAUAUAGCUAAAGUGGGAAUCAUUAUGUUCGUCAGGUUGUUUGAGACCCACCCUGAAUGCAAGGAUGUCUUCUUCCUGUUCCGAGACGUAGAGGACCUGGAGAGGCUGCGGACCAGCCGGGAGCUCAGAGCACACGGGUUGCGGGUGAUGUCUUUUAUCGAGAAAAGCGUUGCCAGACUGGAGCAGCUGGACAGACUGGAAGCUCUGGCUCUGGAGCUGGGAAAAAGCCAUUAUCAUUACAACGCUCCACCAAAGUACUACAGUUACGUCGGAGCAGAAUUCAUCUGUGCCGUGCAGCCCAUCCUGAAGGAGAGGUGGACGGCCGAGCUGGAGGAGGCGUGGAAGGCCAUGUUCCAGUACGUGACGAGCCUCAUGAGACAGGGAUACCAGGAGGAGAGCAGACGGCAGCACCUCCUCACCCUCUCCCCGAAGGAGAGACCAGAGAAGAGCAACACAGCGCUUUGAGACGCUUCUUCUCUCAGACACAACUCAAGACCGUUUCCUCUCAGUUCUG